AGCGAAUUUUGUGACAAUUGGAGGUCGUACGUAUGUUCGUCAAAUGACCCAAAAUAUACCACAGGGCUAUCGAUCUGGACCAAGAGGAGUAUUCUCGAAUGCGGGAUCACCCACCAAACAACAACAGCAGCAGCAGUACAACACCACAACAACAACAUCAGUCGUCGGCAAUCAAUCGGCAGCAAAUAUUGUUGCGGAUCCGAUGCGUAUUGCGAACGACAACGCACCUGCACCGUUCAUCGUUCCGGCCAGAGGCAAUAAACCGUCGUUUCGUGGUAAAGGUAUUGCAUUUCGUUUAAUCACU